CCAGGAUGGACACAGUCCGGUGGGCUUCACUUCCGGAAGACCUCCGGGUUAUGCCGUUCAAUUUGCGCUUCAUGAGGUUCAUCGGACUGUGGGGACCGCGGCGAAAAGUUUACAAGUUUUUGGUUCUACUAAUCUUCGCGACGAUGGUGAUCAUGUUCCCAAAGGUGGUGCUCGGUAUUGGGAGUUCCGAUAUUACGGUGAUUUGCAAGGGGGUGGCCGAGUUCGUGUUUGAACUUCCCAACUUUGUAACGCUGACCAUUUUGGCUCUGAAGAGGCAAAGAUUCGAAACGGUGAUUCAAGGGUUGGACGAUUUUUUCCGUGAAGGUGAUUGUUACGUUUUGUUAACGUUUCUAGCAUGAAUGUUAAGAAGAAAAAAAAACAUUUUAGUUGCU